AAAUUUGUAGUCUCUGCUGCUGCUCUCUCUCUCUUGGGUGGGGUUUGGGCAGUGGAUCUGGAGCUGCGGAGAGAAAGAGAGAAGCAUGACGGUGUUUCACUUCUUCAACUGCGCGAUUCUGACGUUCGGUCCUCACGCCGUCUACUACUCUGCUACGCCUCUAUCUGAGUAUGAUACGCUUGGUACUUCUGUUAAAGCUGCUCUUGUUUAUCUUGGAACAGCUUUGAUAAAGCUUGUUUGUCUGGCAACCUUUCUAAACGUAUCCGAAAAUGACAGCUUUGAUCCAUAUCAGGAAUUGUUGAAAGCUUUAAUUGGUUUUAUAGAUGUUGCUGGGCUUUACUUUGCCUUGACCCAGCUGACUCACAGGAACAUCUCUCAAAACCAUAAGUUCCAGGCUGUUGGACUUGGAUGGGCUUUUGCUGAUUCUGUGCUGCAUAGACUGGCACCCCUUUGGGUUGGUGCUAGAGGACUAGAAUUUACUUGGGAUUACAUUUUGCAAGGCCUGGAAGCAAAUGCUAAUCUGGUGUUGAGUAUAUCCCUUGCUGCAUUGGGAUCAUUGAUGUGGCUUCGAAAAAACAAACCCAGGACUUUGAUUCCUAUAAUAUACAUUUGUGCAGGGAUUGUGGCAACCAUGCCUUCUAUUACCAGCUACCUGAGGCGAGGCUUGGGGUGGCACCUUCCAAAGGUGGUGGGCUUCGAACUGUUUACCUCUUUGGUGAUGGCUUUCAUUAGCUGGCAGCUCUUUGCAACAUGUCAAAGACCAUCUACAUGAGGACACCCAGAAUUACUCCUCAUCCUGUAACAGUUGGUCAGAGAAAGGUUGUUUAGGGCCGGUGUAGGAGAUCCACGCUUAGUUGCUUUAUCAGGGAAGCUGCGCUGUCCUGUUUUUUAAAUAUAGAGUUACGGAUUUUUGUUUAAAAUGUGGUUUGUGUAAUUUAAUGGAACCCAUUUUUCAUCUGCAGGCAAUUUUUAGCAUUUAGGAGCUCAGAUUUGGCAUAAUUUUUAUCAUCUAAGUUUUUUUUUCAAAAAGAAUUGAUCUAAUUUAGUGCAUUUUUCCUUGAAAGUGUAUGGUACUAUUGAGCUGGAAAUCAGUCCUUUUAUGAGUUCAUCAGCUAAAAGCUUAUCGAGGCUCAGGCCACUAUUGGGACUGC